AAUUAUAUGUACUACAAAUCUAUAGAAGAAGAAUAAAUAAUUCAUGUGUUAAUUGAUUUAUGUGCAUUUUGAAUUUUUGCCAUACAAAAGCAAAGAAAAUGACUAAUUUGUGGACAACACUAAAGACGACAACGUCAACGAUAUUGUUUGUCAUUUUGGCAACACAUUUAAUCGGCCAUGUGCAUUCAAAUGACAAUUUGCGUGUUGCAUACGAAUGGAAAGAAAUCGAUUUUAAAUAUGCCAGCGCUGAGGAACGUUGGUCUGCCAUCGAACGCUAUGAAUUCAAGCCAGAAAAUGUCAUACCAUUUGGCAUUGAAGUUUAUCAAUCAAGACUGUUUGUAACUCUGCCACGUUGGCGCGAUGGAGUGCCGGCUUCAUUGGCCUACCUUGAUCUAAAUGAUAAUUCAACAAAAUCUCCUGCUUUAAUUCCAUAUCCAAGUUGGGAAGCACACAAUCUCAAUGAAAUGAAUCCCGAAUUGGUGUCACCCUUCCGUAUGCGUGCCGAUCGCUGUGGUCGUUUAUGGGUCUUAGACUCUCGUAUUUCAAGCGUUUUAGAGGAAACUAUGCUCUAUGGUCCAGCUCAGCUUUUAAUAUACGAUUUGCACAAUGACAACCUGCUCAGACGUCAUAUUUUCCCCGAAGAUCAAGUCAAAGAAAGUUCAUUCUAUGCCAAUUUAGCCAUAGAGGAUGGUGAUUGCGAAAAUACUUUCGCCUAUGCUGGUGAUUUAGGUAGUCCGGGUUUGGUCGUUUAUUCAUGGAAACAAGAGGAAUCGUGGAGAGUUCAACAUAAUUACUUCCAUCCUGAUCCAUUGGCUGGUAAUUACAGUAUAGGUGGUCGUGAUUUCCAGUGGGAUGAUGGUCUGUACGGUUUAGCUCUAAGUAAAAUGCUACCUGAUGGCCACUCCACAUUAUAUUUCCAUCCCUUGAGUUCUACCAUGGAAUUUGCGGUCAAUACCAUGAUUUUGCGCAACAAAACUUUGGCCACUGAGGGUCCAAUUUAUAAAGAAUUUAAAAUAUUGGGCUCUCGAGGACCAAAUGCCCAGGCGGGAGCUUCAUUUUUGGAUCAAUUGACAGGAGUGUUAUUUUAUGCUUUGCCCAAUUUAAAUGCCGUUGCAUGUUGGAAGACUUCCAAUCGGGCAUACACGAUCAAAUCACAAGGUCGUGUCUACAUGAAUCCCAUUGAAAUGGUAUUUCCCAGUGACAUUAAAGUUGAUGAUCAAGAUCGUCUUUGGGUGUUGUCAAAUCGUUUGCAAGAAUUUCUCUACGGUGAACUGUUUCCAAACUCCAUAAACUUCCGCAUUUUGACUGCUCAUGUUAAAGAUGCCAUCGAAAAUACAGCUUGUGAUAUUAAAACAAAACCUCUGCCCGAAAUCAUAAACAAAUUGGGCGAUAUUUUAAAUAAUGCUUCGAAUAACAACAGAAACAACAAUAGUGAUAGAUCAACAAACGCUGGAUCUCAAUUGAUUUUGGCGAACUUGUUGGUUGUAGCAGCUGCGAUAAUGUUGUUGUUCAGGUGAUAAAAACCUGUUGGAAAUUUGAUCUUGAUUUUUAAUUAUUGUUUUAGUUUUUUUCUUCUUAAUUUCUAUGUGUGUAAAUUUAGUUAUUAAGGCCAUAAUUUUAUAUUAAUUAUAUUUUUAGCGUGUGUAUAGUAUUUGUUGUAAAUUUAUUGAAAAAUUAUUUAAAAGUUAAAAAUUACCUCAGUAGUAAACUAAAUAUGUAUAUGUAUGUAUAAUUCGUAUUUAAAAACUAAAAAUAAAUUAAGUUAUUAUUAAUAAAAAUAAAAUGUAAAAA